AUGAGGAUGGGAAAAUGCUCAGUAGACGAAUUGGUCACAGAUUAUCUCAUGACUGCCGGAGAAAGUGGAUUCAACUUAGAAUCCAUUGUUGACUACUUCCGCCGAGCCAUACACCCAGAAAUCCUCAAACAAAUUUACAGACUUCCAGAAAUGCCAACCAUGAUAAAUGACUGGGUAAAACACACCCAAAGAUUUGACAACCAGUGGAGAGAGCUCCAGAGCAUAAAAAGCUCUAUCCCUACCACAAUGCCCCAUCGCAACAACCCCUUCCGCUACGACUCUUCCAAUGCCCCCAUCUCUAUGAAUAACUUAGUCAUGCCCAUGGCUAUAGAUGCUGUCCACACCCCCCUCACCGACAACAAAUGA